AUGCAUGUACUGUUUCUGUUUUUCCUUAUUUGUCAAUUAAAAAUCAAUGCUCUCACUAGUGUACUUUUCAGGAAGAUAACUUUGGCUGGAGUUCGCAGACUGUUGGAGGAAGAUCUUGGACUUGAUAAAAAUACUCUCGAUCCUUUUAAGAAGUUAAUAAGUGAGCAAAUAGAUCAGGUGCUAAAUUUAAACAGUGUUUCUAAAAAUGCUAAUCACAUUAAGAGGAAAAGCUCUGAGAACUCUCAAAGUAAAGCAUCAAAAAAGAUCAGCAGUGAGACAGGUUCUGAUUCUUCAGAUAAGGAAAGUGACAAAGGAAAAGACAUAGUACAAUCAAGGAAGAAGGCUGCUACAAGGGCAAAGGAUGAGAAAUCGGAUGAGCUGAAGAAACGUAAAAGGUCUAACAAAUACAGUGAUCUCAAUGUCCCUGGCAAGAACCAAAGCACGCGUGCAAAGAGGCCGAAAGAAGAAGAUAUUGAUUCAGCUAAUGAUGGAGGUGUAUCUGAAGAUGGUCAAUCUGAAUCAUCUGUAGGGAAACCUGCGAAGAGGAAAGAACAACCGACCCCUGGAUAUGGAAAACAAGUCGACCAUCUGAGAUCUGUAAUUAAAUCAUGUGGAAUGAGCGUCGCUCCUACAGUUUACAAGAAAGCCAAGCAAGUACCUGACAGCAAACGAGAAGCCUUUUUAGUGAAGGAGUUGGAAGGGAUUCUCAAAAGAGAAGGGCUAUCUAGCAAUCCUACUGAGAAAGCUCUAUCUGGCAUCAGUCGGUGUGUGCAUGUGUCACUUCGACUCUUGGUGGUUGGGGACAAGAUGGUGGAAAGCAAUGGAGGGAGGGAAGGGGUAGCAGAUCUGAGCUCUCCUAUCCUGGCAUUUGUGCUUGACUAUACUUGGAACCUAUGUGGACUGUACUCUUCUUCUGUUACAUAUGCCAGACACAACUAUAGAGUACUGUGCUUGUCUUUGCCUAGACCACCUUCUAGUCUCCAGUAG